CGCCCCCUCGCCGAGGCCCCACCCCUGCCGGCUCUACGAGGCGCCGCCACCGCCAUGGACGCCCAGAAGCUGGAAGACAAGCUGACCUGCGCCAUCUGCCUGGAGCUCUACCUGGAGCCGGUGACGCUGCCCUGCGGCCACAACUUCUGCGGGGACUGCAUCCGGGACUGGUGGGGCUGCCGCGACAAGGCGUGCCCCGAGUGCCGGGAGCACUUCCCCGACGGCGCCGAGCUGCGCCGCAAUGUGGCCCUCACCGGCGUGCUCGAGUUGAUGCGCGCCGGGCCUGCCCCGGCUCCCGAUCCCGACCCCGCUCCGGCUCUCGGCCCCGACCCCGCCCCGGCCCCCGGCUCCGGGCCCGGCGCGCGCUGUCCCCAGCACGGGCAGCCCCUCGAGUUCUUCUGUCGCACGGAGGGUCGCUGCGUGUGCAGCGCAUGCACCGUGAACGAGUGUCGCCUCCACGAGCGGGCGCUGCUGGACACUGAGCGUCGGGAACGCGAGGCCCAGCUGAGAGCCAUGCUGGAGGUCACCCAGCAGCAGGCCACCGAGGCUGAGAGCCAGCUAAAGGAACUGCAGGAGCAAAGCAGCCAGGUCCAGAGCUCGGCCUGCACCCUGGCCUCCAUGGUCUCCAGCAAAUUCAGCUGCCUGCUGCAGGCCCUGGAGAUGCGGCAGACCUUGGCACUGACGGACAUCGAGGUGGCCAAGACACAGGCACUAACACAGGCCCAGGAUGAAGAACGGCGACUGCGGGGCCACCUGGAAGCCCUGGCUCACUACGACCGCAGGGUCCGGGACCUCCUGGAGCAGUUGGAUGACCAGACCUUCCUCCAGGAAUCACAGCUCCUGGCACCCCCAGGCCCUCUUGGGCCCCUGGCUCCUCUGCAGUGGGACGAAGAGCAGCAGCUGGCUGGCGUGGAGUCACUGAGCCGGCUGUAUGGUCUCCUCCUGGAUGAGGGGAGCCACCCCAGGGCACCGGCUGAGGCUGCUGAUUUGGGCCCCGUGGAGGCCCCAGGUCCCCUGGCACCAGUCCCAAGCCCGGUUUGCCCACUGAGGAGGAAACUCUGGCAGAAUUAUCGCAAUCUGACCUUCGACCCAGACAGCGCCAAUUGCCACCUCUACCUGUCUCAGCAGGGCCAGCAGGUAAAGCACCGUCACAAGCCCCGGGACCUGGCCGGGCCACGCAGCUUCCAGCUCUGGCAGGUGCAAUGUGCCCAGAGCUUCCGGAACGGUCGACACUACUGGGAGGUGCGCACGUCUAAUCACUCAGUGACGCUGGGCGUCGCCUAUCCAGAACUUUCACGGCACAAGCAAGGGCCCAACACAGACAACAUUGGGCGUGGGCCUAGCUCCUGGGGGCUCUGUGUUCAGGAGGACAGGGCCCAGGCCUGGCACAACGGGGAGGCCCGGCGCCUCCCAGGGGUGUCCGGGCGGCUCCUGGGCAUGGAUUUGGACCUGGCUUCUGGCCGCCUCACUUUCUACAGCCUGGAGCCCAAGGCCCAGCCCCUACAUACCUUCCACGCCAUUUUCACCCAGCCCCUCUACCCCGUCUUCUGGCUCCUGGAGGGUAGGACUUUGACCCUGUGCCAUCGGCCUGAGGCCAAGCUCCCUCCGGGACUCCAGGAAGAGGCCGCGGGGCCCAGCUGAGGUGCUGCCUGGGCCUCAGAGGCUAGUGUGGCGCCCAUGGGCCCCUGUUCCUGCUGGAGAGUGUGUGCGGUCUGGACCUCGCCGCACAGGAGGCACAACAACACACUUCGCUGCAGCUCACCUCCCUUGAAUGUCAUGUAGACCAAAGGGACGGGGCCUGGGGUGGGGGGCAAAGCACAACCAAUUCCUGGAAAAAACCUAGAGAAAAGCGAUUUUUACCUCCUUCUCUCUCUUCUCGUAACAUUUUGGCAUAUCUUAGUCUCUUUUGUAUAUCCUUGUGAUUACAUUUUGUAAACAAUUGGGGUGGGGUGUUUUUUUACCUUUUUUACUCAGCACAAGCAUUUUUCACGGUAUUAAAAUUUUU